CCAUCAGCAUCAGCAUCAGCAUCACCCUCUCAUAUCAUAUUCUUCUUCCAGUUCUUCAUUGGCCCCUCAAAACUCUUCAUAUAUAGCAACAUCCCCAAAACACACGUUAACAUCACGACAACCACUUCAUCUGCAAUUCUCUUUGCAUUGACCCUUAUUUCAUCAUCACCUUCUACUCUGCUUACAUAGUUGCAUUGACACAUUAAACAUGAACAGGUGCACUGGUUCAACCAUGAUGGGUCCCUGUUCUUGUGGUCUCUACCAUUAUCAACAAAACUCCUUCUCUUCCAUAUUCCCAAUGCCUUACGAAGAAGAAAUCAUGGGCCCUUAUUCGUCGUCGCCGUCUUCCGUCGAUUGUACUUUGUCUUUGGGUACGCCGUCUACUCGCAUGACGAACGACCAUGAAAAGCGCCGUGGGUCUAACUGGUGGAACAUUUUGCAAUCCUCUAGCCACUCCUCUGCGCCAUCUGCUCAUAAAUCCAAUCGCGGUGGCGAUGGUAAUGGUAACGGGAACGGUUCUGCCGCCGCUGAUAGUCUGUUUUCACGGCGGUGCGCUAACUGCGACACCACUUCUACCCCGCUUUGGAGGAAUGGACCUCGUGGCCCUAAGUCGUUGUGUAAUGCAUGUGGGAUUAGAUACAAGAAGGAGGAGAGACGGGCGAACGCAGCGGCGGCGGCGGUGGUUUCGAACGGUGGAAGUGAUUCGACGGAGGGAUACCACCACCACCAAUACAUGAUGAACAACGGGAACCAGUGGAUGAAUCACUCACAAUCCUCCUACAAAAUGCCGUCAUGCUACUCGACGGCGUCGGUGGCGUCGAAUGAAUAUAGGUUCAUGGAUGACGUGGACGACAGAGAUUCGCCAUUCCUCUCGUGGCGGCUUAACGUCACUGACAGACCAGGCCUCGUCCAUGACUUUACUAGAUGAAAGAAAAGAAGAUAUAAUAUAUUUAAUUUAAUGAUGACGUGGCGUAUCCUGCUGUCCCACCCAUGAUGACGUGGAAACGUGGGGACGAACUUUUUCUUGUUCAAAAUUCUUUACGUUAGGAAGUUGUAUUAG